GUCGGACAAGAUGGGUCACCAGCAAUUGUACUGGAGCCAUCCGAGAAAAUUCGGUCAGGGAUCUCGCUCCUGCCGUGUAUGCUCAAACAGACAUGGACUGAUCCGUAAAUACGGGCUUAAUAUGUGCCGUCAGUGCUUCAGACAGUAUGCCAAGGAUAUUGGAUUUGUCAAGCUGGACUAGACACCUGAGCAAAUGCAAUAGAUGUGUGAGACUUGGGGAAUAAAGAUCAUACCCAUUAAAUCGACACCAAGCAGAUGGAUUCACAAUAUACUUCUGUUUUGUAAAUAAAAUUGGUGCAGUCUCAAA